AUGAGUUCUAAUUUAUCCACUAAUAUGCAUACUAGCGUGUCUCAUAAUUGCUUUGCUAGUAAGAAAGCAAGUCUUGUACCUGAAAAUAGUGUAAGUGAUAAGCGUCAUAGCGUUAUUAAAGAAAUGAGCAAAAGUAGUAGCCGUUACUUUGAUUUUUUACAUCGAAGAUCGACUGUAAGUACUCGACCAGCACUGAGUAAUUCAAAUAGUAGGCAAAUUUUCGAAAAAGAGCAGAAAGAAGUUCCUACCUAUCAAACUGAGCCACGACAUAAGUUUAAAGUUGAUGAGGUCAAUGGAAUUAUUUAUGAUGUCUUAGCUGAUCAUCUUAAGGAUAGAUCUUACAGCAGUAUUCAUGGUGGCCAAUUAUCUAUCGAAAUGAGUCAAACUAUCCAAAAUGAAGUUAAAUUACGGCAAAAGUUAGAACGCUAUAAAAUUGUAACAUCAAUAUGGCUAGGCCAAAACAGAGGACAAGGCACAAAUGUUGCCAGUCGUUGCUUGUGGAAUAGUGAUUUUGAUAAUUAUGCAUCGGCUACAUUCACCAAUGAAACGAUCUUUGCUAUUGGACUCGUAUUUGCUACAUACGUAGAUUAA